CAUUGCUUUGGGUACUGUUAAUAAACGUGUAUCAGCAUUUUCACCGAUGUUUAUCACCCAAUAAAUAAUAACAAUCUUGGAUUCAAGAACUUUAUGUAGACAAAGCCUAAAAAAAAUGCCAAAUUUUAGCUUCCUCACAUCACAGAUAAAAGCCUAAUCUUUGCACGCCACUUUCUCCCACAUAGAAUUGCCUCGGAAUCGUGCAAAAAUCUCCAUUGCUGUUAUAAGUUAAUUUUACAGCCCGACAACAGACACCCUAAAAAACAAUUGUGUCCACGAGAAAUUUUGUCGAGCAAUUAUUUGAAUAGUUUUCUAUACUCUGUUCAGAUCUCAAAUAUCAAGUUCUGGCUUAGUUGCAGGGCGAAAAAGCAAAGCAAAAUAAUGGCAGCUCAUGCAGUAGUUGUUCCAUAUCCCGGGCGAGGCCAUGUAAAUCUAAUGAUGCAGUUCGCCUUAAAGUUUGCCUCUCAUGGAAUCCCCAUCACAUUUGUGGUGACAAAAUCAUGGCACAAAAUCCUUACCCAGGCGGACCAGAAUCCUUUCAUCCAUGCACCAAACCUCCAGGUCGCCGUCAUACCAGACUGCGUGGUGGGGGAGUCGGAAAGGUGGGCUAACAUGGAAGCCUUUUUUCAGUCGCUGUCAAACAUGGAAGCUCAUAUGGCUCAACUCCUAACAAAUCUUAGUCUCUCCGAAACACCCGCAACAUGUAUUGUCGCCGAUGUAUUUUCUCAAGUGGGUCGUUCCUUUUGCCAAAACACAGGCUCUCCAAUCAGUUUCGCUGUGUCCAAUGUCUGUCACAAGUUUUUCUGUCUUUUAUCAUUUAGACUUGGGGCUUCAAGGGUGGAAGGAUUUUAUUGCCCGGUCCCCUCCGCUACAACCGACGGACCUUCAAGCCGAUUUUAUGCCUCCUUCUCCUCUGGGUAAUGAUGUAGUAUAAUGUUUUGCCAAUGCGAGGACAGCAGAUUGGAUUGUGGCGAAUUCUCUUAACGCCUUGGAUUGCAAAGCAGUGGAGGCACAGCGCCACAAAACACCCGUGCAGUGUGUGGGUCCCUUCAUCAUGGGCUCCUCUUCGCAGCUCGACACACAUUGCAGUGAAUGGCUGGAUUACAAACCGGCGGGUUCGGUCAUCUAUGUUUCCUUCGGCAGCUUCAUAACUGUGGCGAGAGAUCAGAUAAGGGAAAUAGCCGCAGGUCUAAUGAAAAGCGGGUUGCUAUUUUCUGUGGGUGCUUCGUCCAGAUAAAGAGGCGAGCCAUUUCUCGGAGAUGUUGCCCACUGGAUAUUAAGACGAAUGUAAAGGGCAGGGAUUAAUUGCAGCCUGGUUUAUGCAGGCAGAAGUUCUGAAACAUCCUGCAGUGGGAGGGUUUUUAAGCCACUGCGUCUCAGCAGGUGUUCCCAUGCUGCGUUUUCCUCUUGCAGUGGAUCAGUUUAUGAAUUGCAGAAUGAUGGUGGAGGAAUGGAAGUUUGGAUUGACGCUGAAAAAGGCAGAGGAUGGGAAUAGGGUUAUAAGAGCCAGAGAAAUAGAGGAAAAGGUCAAAAUGUUGAUUGAAGGGGAGGAGGGUGUGAGAGUACGUAGAGUAGCAGAGGAAGAAGUCAGUAGAGGAGGCCGGUCGGCCAUUAACUUGGAAAUACUGGUGAAUAGUUUAAAACUAAUUUGAUAAGUUGUGUAAUAAUUAUUAAAUGUUUUUGCUUUGACAUGAUAACUUGACAGAGCCGUGAUGGAUUGUUUUGUCUGGAUUUAUAUUUGGAAUAGAACUCUCCCUCUGGCGUGGACUACUUUAUGCAGUUGUAACGUCAUUGACUCGUUGAUGUUUUAGUGUGUGGUAAUAGCAAUAACGACACCAGCUAUUGAUGUAAUCUUGGUUAUUUCCAACUUUAAAUACAAAUUUUUUAAUGAAAAA